UUAUUUUCCGACCAACGAACGAUUUUUAUAUUUAUUUGUUUUUAUUUUUAACUAAGAGGAACAGACGAUCUUUUAACCAUAAACAAAAUGGCGACCAUUGAAAGUUGAAGAAUGGAAUGAGAUAAAAGAAAUUCUAAGAAAAUAAGAAAAAUCAUGAAAUAUUUAAGGAUAUUAUACAAUGGAUCACAUUAAUAUUAGCAAUGGAUAUGACAGAAAACACACCAUUACUAAUAACCGAUGUUAAUGAAAAUGAGAUUAAAAAUUUAAUGGAUGAACUAAUUGAAAAAUCUGAAGAACAAAGGAUCUCAAUGUCUCAAGAUUGGAAAGAGAGAGUUACUUCUUCCGUUUUGUCUAAUUUUAUUUCUUCAGCAAUUCCAGAAAGGACUGAAUGGAAUUAUGAACAAUGUGUAAAAUAUGCUCAUUCUCAGGGAUAUUUGCCUUUUGAUAAAUUUUCACAAAACACAUCUUGUGCCAAAGAUCUAGUAAUUAAAGAAAAAGUUUCUUUAAAUAAAUAUAUGACAUCAGAAAACGUUAUUCAUAAUCAUAUGUGUAAUAUCAAUGAACAGAAGAAAUUAUGUACUAAAAAAAGGACUCGAAGACAUAGUUGGACGUGUGAAACACAUAACCAAAAAGAUAGUAUUACAAAAAAGUUUGAUGGAAACAUGUUAAUAAAAGCAAAUAUCCAGCAUAAAUCAUUAUCUUGUCUAACUGACAAUCAUUUAUAUUGUGAUGAAAAACCCAGUUCCUUUUUUAGUGUUACAUGUGAAAAUCAAAGGCAGUUAGAAACUUCUCUUUCAAAACAUGAAUAUCAUUUAAAUAAUUUAAAACACAAUUUUUAUCGUAAUUCAAAUGAUGUAUUUGAUAUAAAUGACAAUAGUUCUAAUAAUAGUAAUUUAAAUUCUUUUAAAUCAUGUUUAAAUAUUGAGAAAUCAACAUAUGAGCCUCAAAAACAUAUAUUUUAUGAGACAGACAGAGAAAUAUUUAUUACUGAUGUUAUUAAUAAUGUACAAAAAUUUGCAAAGGAAAAUAAUGCUUUAAAUUGUAAAUGGUCUGCUUUAGAUGUUGAGUUUAAUAAUGAAUGUAAGUCACCUUGUGAUCAUUUAAAUGCAGAUGUCAAUGAUCAUAAGCUGACUGAACCUGUUGACCAAAACGAUGAUGAUUUAUCAAAUUGUGAAAAGGUUUUGAUGAAAGAAAAUAAAUCUAUUCAAAUAAAAUCAGAUAUUAAGAAAAAAAAUGAGUUGGAUAAACUAUAUGAUUCUUUACGAGAAAUUAGAUGGGCUCAAAAUAUUACAGUAAAGUCGUUAAUGAUGGAAACAAAGAUGAGAAGACAGUCUGUUAGAAUAUCUAAAGAUCUCAAUAGCAAGAAAUAUCCAACCUCAUCAACAUUAUAUAAGCGAAUUUUGCCCAUUAGAGGAAUCCGUAAAGUAGAAGGAAGUGAAAAACGAGCUAUGGUAAGGAAAGAGUUAGCAAAUUGUUUAAAUUCGUCAGAAUUGUUAUCUUCAAAGAUUACCAAAUCUAAGAAAGAUAUAAAAUCAUCUGUGUUAAUUAAACCAAAGGAAAAAUUGUGCAAUAUUAAUACAAAGAAAAUAAUAAUAUGUAAAUCGGCAUCACAAGAAAAAUUUGGAGAAAAACAUUUAAAAAAUGCAAAUAAAAUAAACAAAAAUAAAAUACUAUGUAAUUCUGUUUCUCCUAAAAAAAUUUCUAUUGAGGAAGAUGAUAAUAGAAGAAAGAAGCUUCAUAAACCUCUAUUAAUUAAUAAAUUUAAUAUAUUAUCUAAUAAUUUUCAAAAAGACUUUAUUAAUCAAUCUGAAAUUAAUUCAGAUUCUUCCAGUAUUUUUGAUAGUUCUUCCAUUUCAAGUUCUCCAGAAAUCUCUCUGAACGAGGAAGAGAAAGUCAAACAGUUGGUUACUAAUAGUAGUGAAGAAGAAGUUUCAAAAUCAGCACAAAACAGUUGUUCUUUUGUAAAUUGUGUAAAUAAAUCUGAUAAUUCAGCUCAAGACAAGAAACACGUUCAGAAAAGAAAUAAUGAAAAUAACACAUGCAGCAUAUCAAAACAAAAUUGUACAGCACAAAUGAAUUACAAGAAUGCAAUGAUUUCUGAAAACUCUGAUAUCAGUGGAAAAGAUGAAAAAUUAGCAUUUGGAACUAUGAGGAUUCAAGGAUCUCAAAAAUCAACUGAGAAUAACCAGAGAAUUCUAAAAAGAAAAUUAGGUGAAGAAAGCAGUCAGUUUAAACUUUCACAUCAUGAGUUUACUUUACAUUAUAAAGGCAUUACAGUCAAAAGGAAUGCAAAUUAUACUCAAGUCAUGUUUAAAUUUAAUGGCCGCAAACAUAAUUUUUUAUCUGUCGAGGAUAUUGUAGAACUUAAAGAAACAUUAGAGGCAACUAUGCGAGAUCCAACUUGUAAAGUAUUAUUGCUCACAGGAACAGGUAAUCAGUUUUGUUCUGGACUUGAUCUUCAACCAUUAAUUUAUCAGAGGAAAGAAACAGUAGCAGAUGAAAUGGCUAAAAGUGUUAAAGAGUUAAUUGAAACACUUGCCUCAUUUUCGAAACCUCUGGUGAUAGCUGUCAAUGGUAAUGCAAUGGGAUUUGCUGUAACUCUUCUUACCUAUAGUGAUGUUGUAAUGGCCAGUGAGAGUGCUACUUUUUCUAUGCCAUAUUCUCAGUUAGGAUAUACUCCAGAAGGUGCAGGAACUUUGACUUUGCCACAAGUUAUGGGUGUCACAAUGGCAGCAGAUAUGUUAAUUCGAGGGCAGCCAUUCACAGCUCAUCAAGCACAACAUCACGGACUUGUUUCUGAAGUAAUUCAUCAGAAAUAUCUGAUGACUUAUGUAAUUAGUCGUGUAAUUAAACUUGCCAAACAGCCUAUCCAUGCGAUGGAAACUACAAAACUGAUGAUGAGAUGCCAUCUCUGGGAUAAAUUGCGAAUGACUCUAGAAAGAGAAUUACAGCUGUUACCUAAACAGUGGCUCUCUCUUCCUUGCCAACAAGCCAUACAAGAAGCUUUCAGUGACGGUCUGUUUGCAAACUAAUACACAUUCGCAUCGAGAAGCUCGCCACAAAUAAAUAUUAAUCCUCAUAGUAGGUUAAUUAUCAUUCUUUUUUUAUGUUAAUGCUGAAAAAAAAUUUUACCAGAUGUCUUUCACAAUAAUAAUAAUAGUCUGUUACAUAUAAACAAAAAUAUUUUGUUAACAAAGAAACCUAUUUUACUCACUACAGUACACAAAAUUUGAUACAAAAAUCAAAAGAUUCCGAUCGAUUUACGUUUAUUAUCUAUCUUUUUCUUAUAAAGAAGUUUUCACUGAUAGAAGAAAAUGCUACGUGAAAUUAUUUUCAAAUUUCUCGACAAACAUAUCCUUCCGAUCCGAAUCUUUUGAUUUUCUUACUACAUAAAAAAAGAAAAAACAAAGUGGGGAAUGCCUUAUUUGUUACCACCAGUUAAAUUAAUUUUAAUUUAUGCAGUUUGAUAUGAAACUAUAUCAGGUUUGUUGAUAUUAGAAAUUGCAGGAUGCCUGACAACUUAUAUAUAUAUAUAUAUA